UCUCUGCAAGCGUCGCCCGGCCACAGCGUCCCCCGCCACAGCACAGGCCGCCCUUCUUGCUCGCUCCCCGCCAGACCGCGCACCGUCGCAGGCCUCUCCAUGGCUACUGCAUACGCACAGCCCUCCAGCGCCCUCCAAUCGCCCCACGAGCACUUCCUCCAGCCCAACCAGCUGCCGCAGCCCCGCAAGCACGCGUCCAGGCAGAGGUUCGCUCAAGAGUUCUCCCAAUGUCUCUACGAUUUUGUCAUCCAGCUACUGCCAACCUCCGAGGAACUCGCCGUCAAAGAGGACGUCCGCAAGCUCCUCGAGCGACUGAUCCGUACUAUCGAGCCCGACAGCCGGCUGUUGUCGUUUGGCAGUACUGCGAAUGGAUUCAGUCUUAGAAAUUCAGACAUGGACCUCUGUUGUCUCAUCGACUCUGAGGAGCGUCUCUCCGCCACUGACCUGGUGAACAUGGUCGGCGAUCUCCUCGAGCGAGAAACCAAAUUUCACGUCAAGCCCUUGCCUCACGCGCGAAUACCGAUCGUGAAGCUUUCCCUCGAUCCAGCACCUGGCCUUCCACUGGCACUAGAGAACACACGUCUGUUAAUGUGCUAUGCGAUGAUUGAUCCGCCUCGCGUCCGAACAAUGGUCCUGUUCCUCAAGGAAAAUAACUCGCCUUAUAAAGGCACACUGUCAUCAUAUGGCUACGUCCUACUUGUAAUCUAUUUCCUUGUACAUGUCAAAAGCCCGCCAGUCUUGCCAAAUCUGCAACUCAUGCCUCCCCUCCGGCCUAUAUCUAAGGAGGAAACUCACCUAAAUGGACAUAAUAUAUGGUUCUUUGAUGAUAUCGAGCUAUUGCGACAGCGUUGGAAGUCGUCAAACACGGACAGCGUCGCAGAACUUCUGAUUGAUUUCUUCAAGUUUUAUUCCCGCGAAUUCCAGUACACGCAUGGCGUAGCAUCCAUCCGUGCUGGCCUGUUGACGAAGGACAGCAAGGGCUGGGAGAGCGAGUUUGAAAAGGGCAGUCCUCGAGAACGCAAUCGCCUAUGUAUAGAGGAUCCGUUUGAGGUCGAUUACAACGUCGCGCGAUGCGUGACGAGGGAUGGUCUCUAUACUAUACGCGGUGAGUUCAUGCGGGCGUCUCGCGUCCUCACUCUUCGGCCCGAGCGCGCCAUCGUCGCGCUCGCCCAGCUUUGCGAGGAACGCAAAGAAGAGGAACUUGCUCACCCACUACCACACAACGGCCUAUUCAUCCCGCCACGUCUAUCCCCCCUUCCGCCACAAGUUCCGUAUACCGUCAACAGCAGCCCCAUGCGACCCGCGCGCCUUCCGGUUGCCGACCAGGUUUCACCAUCGAAUACAAACCCGUCUAGCCCCUCCUCGCCGCCAACAGCGUCCUCGGGUCCGUCUUCGCCGCCCCAGCAGCCAAAGUCGUCGCCUCCUGUCACUGUACCCAUCCGUCUGCCGAUGGAUCAGCUCGAGCACAUGGCUCCGAAGCGAGGGAAGUGGACGAGUCCCCCGCCACCUGAUGCGCCUGAGGAAGAUCGUUCCGCUUUCGAGAACCGCUUUGGGCAAAGCCUCUCGCUCGCCACUGCACUGAGUCCUGCUCGGCAACCUGAGCGCUCUCGACCGUCACAUGCGACUUCAUCCAAUGCAAGCGAUGCGUAUACCGACGAUGACUCCCGGUCCGACAUGACGAACUCUGACGAUGUGCACUCGGUGCAAUCUUUCGUGGAGGAAGGUGCACCCAAGCGGCGACGCGAGAAGGAGCGAGGAAACGACCGAGAACCCACUGUGACCGUCGAGCGCCAGCAGCUGAGGCAGACGCACACUGAUCCCAUACCAUUUGCCCCUGAUCCAUCUAGCUCGCGGUCUACACUCAGGCAGGAAGGUGGUAUAGACCCCAGGAUGCUCGCUCGAAUACGUGGACGACCGGCCUUGCGGCUUGCGCAGCAACUCAGCGAGAUGAACACAUCCGCAUACGUAGACGCCCAGCGCAGCCAGAAUACCUUCACGCCUCCACCGCGCAUCGACUCCCCGCGGCGGUCACUGUCGGGCCCAGCGCGGACGUCAUUGCCCCAACGACUUUCGCAAAUGGCUAUACCCAACUACAUACCCAACAACAACAGAGCACCAUAUGUAUCCCUAGCGGACUACCAGUCCCCGCAGCAAUCCUCAUCCACAUAUAUCCCCAGUGGCAACAUAUUCUACGAAACAACACCCGCGAAGGAGAAGCUCUCCCGUGCUGUACCAUAUGCCUUCAAUAUGUCCCCCGUGUCUCCUAUAUCUCUCCAGCAGCCCUUCGAGGUGCGGAACUAUUACGACAGCUCCGUCUCGUCCGGCGCCUCGUCCUCGCCGUCGUCCUCGCCACGACAUAUGUCGACUGUCCCUCAGCAGAUGUCGCCCUCACAGAGACAAUCUGCUCCGAGGCACCUCCCUCCCUCCCUGCGGCGCAGCUCGAAGCUCGCCCAGCCUGCGGUGCUGACGCCGCCGCCCCGCUACGAGACGACGAUGCUCUCCCCGACGAUCGUCACGUACUCGCACUCACAUACACACUCCAACUCGACCAUCACGUCUGCGUCCACCCCACGAGCGCACAUCCAGAGCUUCAGCAACGGGCAGACGCUCUCUCCGUCGCUCUCGCGCUCGCGCUCGCCCAAUGGCCCGCCGAGCCGCCCGAACUCUCGCCCACACUCUAGGCAGCAGCUGCCGCCACGCCUCAGCGGAGGCGGGAGUGGGGCCGUGCGCCCGGCGUCCCCGUUCGCGUCGAUCUCGUCGGGGAGCGCGUCGCCGCCGAUGUCGUGCACGAGCUCGCUGUACGCGCCGUCGUGCUCGCCGCUGUCAACGUCGCCUCCCUCACCGGCGCAGAGUGAUUCAUUCGGUAAGCAGGCUGCUGUUGCUGUACCCCCGCAUGCACCGCUCUUGCUGGAACAUGAACGAGCGCCGGCUAAUUGGCCCGAACAUGAAGAGCCGCCACCAACCUCCCAGCCAGCGGAUGCAUCUGACAAGGACAGACAUCGGCGCAAGGAGGUACCACUUCAGCACCAAGUUGUGAAGGCCGCACAUGAAGAGAAGCAGAUCCAGGAAGAAAGCGUGGCUGAGCGCUAGCAAACGGAGGACGGUUUUGCGCGCUUGAUCCUCUCCCUCUCCCUCCUUGCUUGCAACGGACCGUGGCGCUCAGUGCGAAGUGUGCGCGAGCUGGGACGCUCUUCGCAGCAGUCUGCUUGCUUAUUGUACAUGCUAUGGAACCCGCUAUGUUCUGCAUCGACCAUGCUUUGGUUAUCCGUCAUGUUGCAUUGUCCGUACGGCUUUCGAGGGUACUUAUCAUACGCAUCUACAUUAGUAACCCCUGUCCACUGUUCCCUCCCGAAGCCCGAGUCUCGUUUUCGUGCUGUGCAGGUUGUGUCUUGCUAGGCUAACGAUGCGCGGUCUGCCCGCAUCUAGAGCUUCGCGGCGGUGGUCUCCUGUCAUGGCUGUGCGUGCGUGCACGAGUCUGUGACUCAGGCUACUUUCCGCUUUCCGUGCUUCGCGUGUUUGUAGCAGUACCGUGACACGUGUGUACUGUACAUUGCUCAAUACACC